AAAAUAAAAAUCCAAAACGACGUAGUAUGGUUGGAACUUGGUAGACACAGAGCUCUCAGCAUACGGACCUCCGAAGGAAAUUGAGAAUUGGAAGAUGGAAGACGAACUCAACGGCGUCGUUCCUUGUUCUUCCCUCGCCGUCGAAUCCAGCAUUCGCGUCGGAACGGCCGGCGCUCUAUGGGGUUUGUGUUUGGGUCCGUACAAUUCCCGUAAAAAUGGCCUCAGUGGCGUCAGCCAUGCUGCUUUCGUGGCAAAGUCUGUUGGAAAAUACGGCUUUCAAUGUGGACUUGUUGCUGGAACUUUUACUCUGACUCACUGUGGGAUUCAAAGAUAUAGAAGGAGGAAUGAUUGGUUGAAUGGUUUGAUCGCUGGUGCAGUCGCAGGAGCAGCCAUUGCUACAAAGACUAGGAGUUGGUCACAGGUAGUUGGGAUGGCUGCUCUUGUCUCUGCCUUCAGCGCUGCUGCUGAAUAUUCAAGAUCACUUUAGAAAACCUCUUGUAGGAACGGAUUCAGCAAGUGUCCUCUCAUUAUUCAACAAAAUUGUUUGCUGUGUCGAGAAAGGUUUGUCUGUAUCUGUUGAAGGAGGGAACGUAACCUCGUCGUGUCACUGUCAAUAGGAUUCGAUCUUCAUGAUUGCAGCUAACUUCUGGGGAGUUAAAGCCGGAAAGAUUGGGGAAGUAACUCCUUACCUUGAUGUAUAAUAGCCAUGAGCAACUGCUGUAUAAGAAGAUGAAACAUCAUAUACAAAUAGUUGAUAUUCCAUUUCUUUCUUUAGUUUUACUUUCUACCGAAACUUAUAUCAUUUUGUUUCAGUUAACUUCUGUUUGGAUCUCAACUUUAUGAGAAUCAGUUCUAGAAUUUCAAUAA